GCUCAACAAGUACACGCGGUGCUUAGUACACGGUUUGAAAUUUUGGAAAAUCUAUGACGUGACUUGUCAUACAGUUAUUCGAUGUUAAAAUGUAUUAAAUCGAUGAAAUAUACAGCACGAAUUGUGAAAAUACGAUUAUAGGUCAUUUUUAACAUCGAUUAGUCAACGAUCUGAUCAAUAUUGACAAAUAUAAAAAGAAGGAAGGAUUAUACUAUGCGGUCUAAAGUGACAAAUGAGAACACUUGGGCUACAGAAUCGAAACAGAGAAGUAAGAACCUACGACGAACGACAAGAAAAACGGAAUCUUUGUCGAAACCUUCCAAAGGAAAUACAGCAUGGGAGAGAACUCUCAGGAGGCUGGAAAGUAAUGAACGCGAGCGUAUGCGGAUGCACUGUAUGAACGAUGCGUUCCAGUCCUUACGCGAAGUGAUCCCGCAUGUUACCAAAGAGAAGCGGCUCUCAAAAAUGGAGACAUUAACACUGGCUAAAAAUUAUAUAGUGGCUCUUACGGACGUAAUUUGCGCCAUGAGAAGCGAGGAGCAGUCAGAGGAUCAGCAAAGCAGCAGCUCUGAACGUCAAGAUUCGUCGAACAACGAACAACGAUUGGAAUCGACUACUGUUUGUGUAAACAUUCCUGUUGCCUCCAGAUCCUGUAGUUCGGAGACUCAACAUUUUUAUCAAAACAAACAUUCGCGAUGGGAGAAAGACCAGGAUAAUAUUACAGGCCUCUGA